UAUGUUUAAGCUCCUGUUCAGAACGGGAAUAAGAGCUCUGUACAAUGUACUGGACAAUCCCACGUUUGUGUCGGAGCCUUGGUAUAUUUACCCGGCCAAACACAAAGCAUCAGGUAGAAUCGUUUCCGUUUUCAUCUUUGACAAGACUAAGUUUGAAGCACAGGUUAGUCGACUUUUCUCCAACAGCUCCAGUGCCAAGAACCCGAAGGUGAUCAUCAGCGAAUGCUAUGAACUUAUCAAGCACGAAGUGAACCAGUUGAGUAAAUUGAAACAUCCACAGAUUCUUCAGCUAUAUGAAGUUCUAGAAGAAACCAAGACGAAAUUCCUCUUUGUCAGCGAAAAAGUUACGUGUAAUUUGCAGACGAUUGAUUUUGGCAAAGAAUUAGAUGAACUUAGUAUUCAGAAGGGGUUGUUACAAACUGCAAAGGCUCUACAGUUUUUGCACAACUUUUGUUCUAUUAUCCACUUCAAUCUCCAGCCAACUUCCAUCUUCGUCAAUGGUCAAGGUGAUUGGAAACUCAGUGGGUUCAAGUUCCUACAGAAUUUGAACGAGAUUUCACCGCUGGAAAGAGAAAAUUUCUACAUCAUGAACAACUCUUCGAUGGUGCCCUUUGCAAACUUGAACUUGAAUUUCACAGCGCCCGAGUUGAUUAUCGAUUCUCUGCUGAAGCUAGACUUUGCUAACGAUAUCUGGUCCUUGGGUUGUAUAAUCUUUUACCUCUACAACAAUGGAGAACAGUUGAUCAACUGCUUCGACUCUAACAGUAUUUCAGACUACAAGACAGAGUUCAGAAAGUUUGAAAUGAAGUUUUACAACCACAAACCGACAGAGUUGAAGUAUCUCUUGAAGAACAUCCCUGAAAAAUUGUACCCUAUUUAUUCACAAAUCCUUGCCAGAUACCCUCAUGAUAGAAUCACCAUAGACCAGUUUAUUGAUUCAGACUUCUUCAAUGGAAGCUUGAUCAGAGCCAUGUUGUUUGUAGACGAAUUCACGACUAAGACUAUUGAGGAAAAAUUGAUAUUUUUGUCUGGACUUUUGGAAACCAACGACACCAAUACCAACUUGUUGGCUCAGUUUCCUCCUGCAUUCCGUUCGCUGAAGCUAUUGCCGUUGUUGGUGGACUUAGUGCAACACGAGUUGAGUGUGUUGAACGGAAACACACAGACUGUAGAUUCUCAAACUGACAACUUGAUCUCCCUGUCGCUUGACAUAGUUUUCAAGAUCUCGGGUAGUAUAUCUGGAUUGACAUUCCAAGACAAGGUCUAUAACUCGUUGUUGAAAGACGAUUCCAAAAACAAACAAUAUCCCAAGACAUUCUCCAAGUUGUUGAACGCUUCUGUGAAGACGAGAUUGACAGUGGUAGAAAACUACUCUAUUUUGCAAGAAAAAUUGAACGAAAAGCAGUUUGUAGAUCUUUUCAAGGUAAUGCUCGAGUUGGCAAUGACUUCGACAGGCGGGGAAGGUCAAGCUAAACAGGACCAGAUCAAGUUGCAAGAUACAUACUUACAAUACUUGCCUAAUGUCGUGGAAAAGAUCGAGUUCCCAUACAUCAAGAACACAUUGUUCCCCAUGAUCUGCCAAGUAUUCAAGACGACAACGAUUUUGUCAACAAAGUUGUCAACUAUUCAAACGUUUGAAGUUAUGGUAGAUAAGAAGAUUAUCGACAAGAUUAUUGUCAACGAUCAGCUUUUCCCCGUAUUGAAGAAUUUGAAGAGUAGGGACAAGCGAAUAGUCAAGGUAAUGUUGAAUUUCUUCAUGAAGUUAAGCAAGAGUGAACAUUUAUCGUUGCCACUCGAGGCGGUUGUGGAAUCGGUAUUACCGCAAUGUUUGCUGCUUGCUUUCAGCUGUAAUGAUUGCACACAGCCAGAAUUUAGACAGAUGAUGUCGAUCAUAAACGAUAUACAAAAGCAUUUGAUAGACACCAAAAUGGAAGAUCUUCCGGUUUCGGCUCCAACACACAAUCGAGCCAAUGGUUCACAUGAGGCUACUAAUUUCGAGGAGUUGAUCUCGUCGCAAGCCAUAACUGAAGGAAAUAAGGAACACAUUUUAAAGGGGCCACUGUCUAAAACAAUAAUGCAGCCACGUCCAAUACUUAAACCAUCACCUUCUCCCCGAGCAACACCCAAACCUAGGGUGCCUCCUAAGACCACUAGUCCUAUGACGUUGACACCGCAUACUGCACGCAAGACUGGCUCACCACUAUCGUUUGGAGCAGCUAGCAAUGCUUCCAACAGCAGAAACAGCAAGUUGCUCAAUACUUUGAACAGUACGUACGAAAGUAAGGCUACUGAUGAAGAUGACGAGUUCGACAACUUCCAGGAGGCGCCAAUCACAAACACUACGAUCAAUUGGCUGUCUGCGGCAGCUAAGACAUCACCAACAGCUACUGAGACACCUCGUAUGACUGUGCUGUACCCUCCUGGAUUCAACACUGUGUUGACUCCAAACAGUAACAAGAUCCCAAUGUCAAAGACGAACAAUAACUACAACACUAGCUCCAAUGGGAACGACAGUUUAUUGGAUCUCAUAUAG